AUGUUGACGCGGCGUCCGUUGGCGGUAUUGUGGAAUAUUUCUGGCAGUCAACAUCGAUACAGUACUGGAGUGGGCCUCAACUUGGUAUCAACCAGGUACGGUGACCCGGGCAAGGACCGUAAGCGUCCCCCGCUCAUAAUUUGCCAUGGCAUGUUUGGACAGAAGCAGAAUUGGAAUAGUGUCUCAAAGGCAAUGCAGCGACGUCUUGGCUGCACUAUCUACGCAGUGGAUUUGCGCAAUCACGGCGAAUCUCCAUGGGCGGAUUCCAUGAAGUACGAGGAAAUGUGUGAAGAUGUCGUAACAUUUAUGACGACAAUAUCAAAAGAGACGGAUUUCUCCAGUUUUCGCCUUCUUGGACAUUCAAUGGGUGGAAGACUGGUGAUGAGGUUGGCAGUUGAGCCGAAAUGGCAAGACCUUAUCGAUCGGCUAAUAGUUGAAGACGUGUCCCCUAGAACCUAUCCAGGCGAUUUCGCUGCUCAUAUGGGAUUUCGCAAAUACAUACAUGCAAUGGCAGCAUUAGAUAUGACUAAAAGUCGUCGAGAACUUCUCCGCGAUUUGGAGCAAAUCGUCCCCGAUAAAGCCAUUCGUGAAUUCCUGCUCACUAAUCUUGAGCCGUCUAAUGUUUCCGGUGUAUCGAGAUUUCGUUGUAAUUUGAAAGCAAUUGAUAAUAAUCUAGAGACCAUUUUAAGAUUUUCUUUGCCUUCAGGGAAGUUUAACGGCCCUACAUUAUUCUUAUUCGGGGAAAAAUCGGAGUAUGUAAGAGAAGAGGAUAAGAAAUAUAUCAAGGACUCAUUCCCCAACGCUUCUUUCAAAGGUAUCCCUAAUGCAGGGCACUGGGUUCAUGCAGAACAACCAGCUGCGUUCAUUGACAGUGUUUGUACGUUCCUUGAAUGA